AUGAUUUCCAGUGCUGAUCAUCAUCCUCGGUUUUUGAAAACAACAAUUCCUCCUCCAAGCAAUCAUUCGGAAUUGAGAGUUGCUCCUCCUGGUUCACGAUUGCAAUUAGAAUUUAUUCAUGGUUGUAGUAAGAGAGGUUGUAGAGGUAACAUUUUGCAUAUGAAUAAUAAGGGUCGUUUGGUGUAUCCUGCUGCUGCAUGUGGUACUGUUCUUGACAUUGAGAAUAAUACGCAACAAAUUUUCAAUAAGCAUACCGAUGACGUUGUUUGUAUUGCGAAGCACCCCAAUGGCGAUCUUUUUGCCACAGGUCAAAUCGGAAGAAAUAAGAAUGAUAUUUUUGUUUGGAGUAGCUCUUCACCAAGUGAACCAUUGGCUGUCUUGGAGACCUUCCAUCAUUUCAAGAACGCUGGUGUCAUUGAUUUAUGUUUUUCUAAAGAUGGCACCAAAUUAGCAGCUGUUGGUGGAGAUGUCAUGAAUUCAACUCUGGUUGUGUAUGAGUGGCAGUCUCAAACAUUGUUGGGCUCCUGUAAAGCACAUUCAGGCGACGUUUAUGAUUUAAGCUUCAGUUCUGAUGAUUCUAAAAUUUUGUUGUGUGGAAAAAACUCGGCAAAAUUCUUUGAGUUGACCAAUGGUCUUCAGGCACGUCAAGCUGUGUUCUCCCCAAGAGGUGUUGGUCAAACGGUGUAUUGUACAUGUUAUGAUCCCUCUGGAAAUCCCAUUUGUGGAGUCAAAGAUGGUUCGUUGUAUGCCUUUGUUGGAAAUAAGCUUGUGUAUAAGAAAGAUGCUCACUCUGGAGCUUGUUAUACAUGUUACAGAACAGAGAAUGGGUUUAUCACUGGUGGAAGAGAUGGAAAGGUAAUUUGGUGGGAGUUCACUUCCGAGCAAGUUGAAGGAAUACACUUGUUUAGACAAGUAGCCUCCCUCAAUUUAGUUGAUCCAAUCCAAAGUGUAGUUCCAUCCAAUGUUGAGCGCGAUGUCGUUUAUGCAACUAGAGGCAAUGGAGAUUUGGUUAAAAUUACAAACAAGAUGCAAGUUGACAUCUUACUUGUUUCGCAUGUGGCAGAGAAGGAUGAUGAAUUAUGGGGUUUGUGUACCAUACCUGGUUCCAAUUUAUUCUUGAGUGCAGCCGAUGACGGACGAUUAAUUAUGUGGGAUCUCUCAACCCACAAACAUGUGCAACAACUAAAAGUGACAACCAAAGGUGAACUCAGAAGCGUUGCUUUCUCCCCUGAGUUGUCACACAUAGCCACUGCCACCAAACAUGGAACGCUAUUUGUUUAUAAUUUUGAUGGCUCAAGCAUUUCUUCACAGCCUUUUGUCAAUGAAAAGAAAGCUGCUGAGGAAGUUGCUGCAUUGCAAUACUCACCUGAUGGCACUUUGCUUGCUCUAGGUUCACACGAUAAUUUCAUCUAUAUUCUGAACACUUCUGACUACAGCUUAAAAUUCAAACUUGUUGGACAUUCAAGCUUUGUGACACACAUUGACUUUAGCAGUGAUGGAAAAUGGCUAAGAAGCAACAGUGGCGACUAUGAGGCUUUGCUUUGGGACAUGACAACUGGUAAACAGGUUGUCAAACACGGUAUAAACAUGGAAGAUAUCGAUUGGCACACAGUCACAUGUUCCCUUGGAUGGAAAGUUCGAGGUAUUUGGAAAACCGAGAUGGAUGGAACUGACAUUAAUGCCGUAGAUGUUUUCUAUGGAAAGCAAUUAUUGGCUUCCGCAGAUGAUUUUGGUACUGUGACUUUGUUCCACUACCCUACUGCAAGCUUACGUCCUCCAAGCGAGCAAUAUAUUGGACACUGUUCUCAUGUGACAAAUGUUCGAUUCACAUCCGAUGGAAAAUACUUACUAAGCGCCGGAGGUGCUGAUAUCACAAUUUGUCAGUGGAGAAUUUUGUAA